CUUGCCCCCCCCAAUUGCUUCAGGCGACAAAGAACAAAGAACCGUCCCCUUACAACAAACGGCCGGCUCGCAGCUUCUGUAUGGAGGAUAUUCGAUAAGACAACCACUUCGCAAGAAUGGAGGACGUAAAGAUCAAGCCGGACCCGGAGAACGUUGGCUCACCAUCAGGCUUCAGCGAGGACGAUAUCUACGAAGACGCCGGAGACCUUGAGUUCAACCCAAACAACGACUUCCAAAAACUAUAUCUGGCGCGCGUACCAAAAUAUAUCUGGGAAGCAUGGUCGAAACUCGACGAUGAUGCGGAGAUAACUCUUGGGACUAUCAGACAAUCGGUGGAUGCAGAUGGAAAGAUGCGCCUCCAGAUGCUACUCACUAGAGAUCUUGCUCAGCACCAAGACGUUCCUAAAGAGUACGACCUAGAUAUCACCGACGAGAGUGUUAAGAAUACCUUUGUCUUCACUGAAAAGGACCUGCCAGGUUUCAAAUCAAGAUCUAGAGCCAAGUUCGACCUUGCCAGCGCCAACAUGCCCUCCAGACUCACCCGACCAAAGAACGAUAAGCCAUUCUCCAAGCAGCCUUACGAUCCCAACAAGCGAUUUCAACCAUACUUCAGGAAGGCAAUUCCAAAGCGGACAACGCUUGCUGGCAGGGUGAUACAUGAGAUGAAUUGCAUUGCAGUCGACAAUGAUGAGUCGAAGCACCUUUUGGCUGUCCGGACCCUUGAAGCCAUGCGACCUAAACAUCACACCAAGUUCGUGAGCGACGACUUGGCUACUCUUGGACCAGGUUUCAUCCAGCCUGGUACAAUCCACGCCCAGAAUUCGUUCAACGACUUCAUCAAAACCAAGAAUGCAGCUUCGAAAGAUCGGCCGCAGCUUACGAAGACUGCUCGUAUGCCACAGAACGAGCUUCUGGAUCGUAUAUUCGAUUGCUUCAAAAAGUACAACUAUUGGUCUAUGAAGGCUCUCCGUGCUGAAUUACAACAACCCGAAGCUUAUCUAAGAGAAACUUUGGAAAAGAUUGCUGUACUAGCCAAAAGUGGACGUUUUGCAACUCAGUGGUCAUUGAAGCCAGAGAACCAGAUCGCGAAUUAUGAAACACUCGGGGAUGGAAUUGCGCCGACGGCUGAAGGCAUGGGAGGCGACGAGAGUGAUAUGGCAGACGAAGAGGAUGGUGAAGAGGAUGAAGAUGUUAAGUUUGAGGAUGUAUGAUACCAGGAAACGGAACUGCAUGGAGGGCGUUUGGGAUGGUAUCAUGGAUGGGCUUGGUUUUCUAAUGCAUUUGGCGGUGUUUGCUGCAUCUAGAGGAGAUGCACUGGCCCUUUAGAAGGGAAUUUGGAUUAAAUGCCCACUUACUGGCUCUGCAACAAAACGGAUAUAUAGUCCUUGAACCAAAUCAAAACAAAGAGCCUUAACCUAUCUCAACACCACCUGAUAGAUAUCAUCAACUCGUAUUCGAGGGUGAGUCUUGGUACUACAAUG